AUGCAAUCUCCUCGUAAACUAUUCCACGCGCGUCCAUCACUCGCCACGCGCCGAUCGACGGCUCUUGUCGUAUUAACUUCUCUAGCUAUCGGAAUCGCCGGAUUCACAUUCGGACUCGCCGUGAUUCUUUUCCCUGUUCUCCGAUUAACCGGACGUAAUUGCUUGACGAAUGCUCCUCCGAAGACUGUCCGAGUCGUUUGGGAAGUUUCCGGAGUUAGUAACGUCGUUGGUGGGGAAACGAAGAGGCGUAAGGUUAUGGGAUUCGUUGGGAUUCAAACCGGAUUUGGAUCUGUUGGUCGGAGACGAUCACUUAGGAAGACAUGGAUGCCUUCAGAUCCAGAAGGACUUCGACGGUUGGAAGAAUCUACGGGAUUAGCUAUUAGGUUUGUGAUUGGAAAGACGAAGAAUGAGCAGAAAAUGGUUGAGUUAAGAAGGGAAAUCGCAGAGUAUGACGACUUUAUACAGCUAGAUAUCGAAGAGGAGUACAGUAAGCUUCCUUACAAAACCUUGGCUUUCUUCAAAGCUGCAUACGCGCUUUAUGAUUCUGAGUUCUAUGUCAAAGCCGACGACGAUAUAUACUUGAGGCCAGAUCGACUCUCUUUGCUAUUGGCGAAAGAGCGGAGUCAUUCUCAGACGUAUCUUGGAUGUUUGAAAAAGGGUCCGGUUUUCACAGAUCCGAAGCUCAAAUGGUAUGAACCAUUGUCUCAUCUGUUGGGAAAAGAAUACUUUCUUCAUGCAUAUGGACCGAUAUAUGCUCUCUCUGCGGAUGUCGUAACGAGUUUGGUUGCCCUCAAGAUUAACAGUUUCAGGAUGUUUAACAACGAAGACGUAACAAUAGGUGCGUGGAUGCUAGCAAUGAACGUUAACCACGAGAAUCAUCACAUUCUUUGCGAACCAGAAUGCUCGCCUUCCUCUGUUGCUGUUUGGGACAUCCCUAAAUGCUCAGGUCUUUGUAAUCCAGAGAAAAGAAUGUUGGAACUUCACAAGCAAGAAAGCUGCUCCAAAAGCCCGACUUUACCAUCAGAUGAUGAUGAUGAGUGA